AAAGGAGGAAUCGCCAUGCUCGAAAGUCCAACUGGGACAGGAAAAACCCUAAGCAUAAUCUGUAGCGCUCUGCAAUGGCUUGUUGAUCGAAAGCAGCGACGGAAUGAUGACAGUUCAGUUUCAGUCGAUACGCAACAGAAUGGAACAACUGGAGAUCGUUCUGGGCCAGAUGAUGAUCCUGAUUGGAUGAGGAAUAUUUUAGGUAAUAAAGAAGUGGAAGGCCCUAAGAAGAAGGUUAAGCUUAAGAAAAGAUACGGAUUUAAAAGUAAAAAACGUGAUAAGACUGGAAUUGAGGAGGGUUUGAAUGAUUUAUUUAAUCAUUUUAGAGAAAUUGAAGUUGAUUACGAUAUGUAUGGCAAGGAACAAAAUAAUUUGAUAGCAAAAGGUGAUGGGGAGAAGUUAGAUGACAAGGAGUUCUUGGUAGAAGAAUACGAGAGCGAAGAUGAGAAAAGUGGAUUAUCUAAGAGAAAAAGUGGUGGAAUUUGCAGCUCAUCCUCGAGCGAGGGUGAAAAUGAAGCUGAUGAAUUCAGUGAUGAAGAGGAAGAGGCAGAAUUCAAGAUUUAUUUCUGUAGCAGAACACAUUCACAGCUCUCACAGUUUGUAAAAGAAUUGAGGAAGACGGUUUUCGCUGGUCAGUUAAAGGUUGCAUGCUUGGGCUCUAGGAAGAACUUUUGCAUAAAUGAAGAGGUUUUGAAGCUUGGGAAUUCCACUCUCAUUAAUGAGCAAUGCUUGGAUCUUCAAAAGAAUAAGAAAAAUCAAGUUUCUAAAAUGAAGAAUUCGGGUGUUGGGGGAAGAGUACGCAAGACAAAGGCCUCAGGUGGAUGCCCAAUGCUUAGCAAACAUAAGCUACAAAAGCAGUUCAGGCAUGAAAUGACUGACCAAGGACCGGUAGAUAUUGAAGAUCUUGUUCACAUUGGAAGCAGUUUAGGAACUUGUCCAUACUAUGGUUCUAGAAGCAUGGUCCCUGCAGCAGAUCUUGUGGUUCUUCCUUAUCAAUCUAUUCUUUCUAAAUCUUCACGGGAAUCACUUGGUUUAAGCUUGAAGAAUAGUGUUGUUAUCAUAGAUGAGGCUCACAACCUUGCUGACUCUCUCAUCAGCAUGUAUGACUCGAAAAUAACUUUGUCCCAGUUGGAACUUGUUAAUUCCAGUUUAGAAGGUUACUUUCAACGAUUUCGCAAUCUCCUAGGACCAGGCAACCGCAGACACAUUCAAACAUUGAUGGUUCUCACUCGAGCUUUUAUACAAACUUUAUGCAACAAGGAUAACGCUAGUUUGGUUGAUUCGUCUUGUUGUCCAGCAAAAAAUGUGUCUGAGUGCUCAUUGUGCAUCAAUGAGUUUGUGUUUUCUCUCAACAUUGACAACAUUAACUUGGUGAAAUUGCUACAAUAUAUUAAAGACAGCAAUAUGAUUCACAAGGUCAGUGGGUAUGGGAAUAAAAUAAUUAACUUACAAAAUGAUACUACCCUUCAAGAUAAGGAAUGUCGUGCCGAGGGAAGCUUUUUAUCAGGGUUCCGUGCAUUAGCUGGAAUGUUACUCUCACUAACAAAUCGAGAUAGUGAUGGGAGGAUAAUAGUCUCAAGGAAAAGACCAUCAGACUUUGGGCAACAAGGAGGAUAUCUAAAAUAUGUUAUGCUCACCGGGGAGAAGAUCUUUCAUGAGAUUGUUGAUGAAGCCCAUGCUGUUGUAUUGGCUGGUGGAACUCUCCAACCUAUAGAAGAAACAAGGGAGAGGCUCUUUCCGUGGCUAUUGCCAGAUCAGUUGCAUUUCUUCUCUUGUGGUCAUAUAAUUUCAUCGGACAAUAUAUUGCCUAUUUCUGUUUCACAAGGACCCUCUGGUCAGUCCUUGGAUUUUAGCUAUAGCUCUAGAAGUACAUCCACCAUGGUUGGGGAGCUAGGGGUUCUACUUUGCAAUCUGGUUACAGUGGUUCCACAAGGUAUUGUUGUGUUCUUCUCUUCAUUUGAUUAUGAAGAAUGUGUCUACAGUUCUUGGAAAACAUCAGGCAUCCUUGGUAGGAUUAUGAAGAAGAAACAUGUGUUCAGAGAGCCAAGAAAAAGCACGGAAGUGGAAACCGUUCUGAAAGAAUACAAGGAAUCAGUUGAUGCAUUGUCUAAUGCAAACUCGAAAGAUGUACCAGUAGCUCAUAAUGGUGCGGUGCUUCUUGCUGUAGUUGGUGGAAAGAUAUCAGAAGGUAUCAAUUUCAGUGACGGAAUGGGGCGAUGCAUAGUCAUGGUUGGAUUGCCAUAUCCAAGCCCAUCUGAUAUUGAGUUGAUGGAAAGGGUGAAGCAUAUUGAUGGUCUUGGAGACGGUCCAUGCUUCAAUGGAGAAGCUCAAGCAGGAUUCGACAUUUUAAGAAGUUGCAAGCGUAGAGGACGAGAGUACUAUGAAAAUCUUUGCAUGAAGGCUGUAAACCAGUCUAUUGGCAGAGCUAUUAGACACAUUAAUGAUUAUGCAGCAAUCUUACUGGUGGACACGCGUUACACAUCAGAUUCUUCAAGAAAGAGCUUUCACCCGACCAACAAGCUCCCACGUUGGAUCAAAGACCGUCUCAUUUCUAGCACCAGUAAUUACGGAGAAGUCCACCGAUUGCUUCAUCAAUUCUUCAAAUUUCACAAAAGCAAGUCCAUUUAGCAGGUAGAAAAGUUGGACCCUUGGAUUGCAACAGAGCAUGAUCCAUAUAAGUUUUGUACUUUUCUCCCUCUAGUUGGUGAAAAUUAAUAUUACACAUAUACACUGAAUAAUAGCUC